AUGGUAAAGUAUUUCCUGGGCCAGAGCAUACUCCGAAGUUCCUGGGACCAAGUGUUCGCUGCCUCCUGGCAACGGUACCCGAAUCCCUAUAGCAAACAUGUCUUAACGGAAGACAUAGUACACCGGGAGGUGACCCCUGACCAGAAGCUUCUGUCUCGGAGACUCCUGACCAAAACCAACAGGAUGCCACAUUGGGCAGAGCGACUUUUUCCUGCCAACGACCACUCGGUGAACACCCUGGAGGACUCUAUUGUGGACCCACAGAACCAGACCAUGACCACCUUCACCUGGAACAUCAACCAUCUGCUGAUGGUGGUGGAGGAACGAUGUGUUCACUGUGUGAACUACUCUGACAACAGCAACUGGACCGAAAUCCGUCCGGAAGCCUGGGUCUCCUCCCCCUUAUUUGGUGUCUCUCAAGCUGUCCAGGAAUUUGGCCUUGCCUGGUUCAAAAGCAAUGUGACCAAGACGAUGAAGGGCUUUGAGUACAUCUUGGCCAAGCUACAAGGGGAGGCUCCUUCCAGAACACUCGUUGAGACAGCCAAAGAAAAAGCAAAGGAGACGGCACUGGCAGCUACAGAGAAGGCCAAGGACCUGGCCAACAAGGCCACCACCAAGCAGCAGCAGCAGCGGCAGACUAUGAACAUAUCAAAGCUUAAACCCUGUCGGGUAACUCACAAGUGCACUGCCAUAAGUGGAUUACACUCUAAGGAGACCAUCUCACAAGACUCACCAGGCUUUGGUGACAAGUCAGAGAGAGCAGAACAGGAAGUAGCGGGGCACAGCAAGUGCCAGUUUGCUUUCUAUAAGUGA